GAGCUACAGAGGCUGACAAACCAUGGCUGCGGACAGUUCUCUGCUGCAGUCGCUGGUGGAGGAAUUUGUCUCUGGACUACAAGACAGCAAAGCUAAAGACGCAGCAACUGCUGUCAAAGAUGGACAGUUCACCGUUCUGCAGCUGGUGGAAGCACUGGGACUGAGUUUGACGAGUACUCAGCCUCACACACGAGCCAGAGGAGUCCAGCUGCUGUCUGAGGUUUUGCAAGAGUGCUACGGAAAUCUCACCGAGAAAGAAGUGGAAGUCCUCAUUGCGUUCUAUGAGAACCGAUUAAAGGACCAUUACGUCAUCACCCCGUCUGUCUUACAGGGACUCAGAGCACUGACAAAAUGCACGGCGCUGCCUCCUGGCUCAGCUGUGUCUAUGCUCCGGUCUUUGUUUCAGGACGUUCACGUGCAGUCUCUGAUGCUGGCAGAGAGAUCAUGCGUCUACACCAUGCUCAUCAACCUCAUGGAGACGAGAGAGGCUGAACUGAAGGGUUUGGGCUCCGAUUUUGUAUUUGGCUUCGUUCAGUCCAUGGACGGUGAGCGGGAUCCUCGCAACCUCCUGCUCGCCUUCCAGAUCGCAAACAUCAUCAUCCAGAGAGGCUACAAUCUAGGUAAAUUCGCAGAGGAGCUGUUCGAAGUGACGUCCUGCUAUUUCCCCAUUGACUUCACCCCCCCUCCUAACGACCCUCACGGCAUCACCAAAGAGGAACUGAUCGAGACUCUGAGGUCCGUCCUUGCCGGGACUCCGAAAUUUGCUGAGUUUCUGUUGCCGCUCAUCAUCGAGAAGUUGGACUCGGACGUACAGAGUGCGAAGCUGGACUCGCUGCUGACUCUGACUGCCUGUGUGUCACAAUAUGAACACAAGGACUUUGCAGAUUUUCUCGAGGGACUGUGGACAUCACUGCGCAGAGAGGUGUUUCAGACUUCCAGUGAGAGGGUUGAAUCUGCAGGCCUCGCCGCUAUAACCGCACUCACUUCCUGUCUGUCUCGUGCGGUGCUCAGCUCUGACUCUGAAGACUCGCUCAGCACCUUCCUGGAUCUUGUUCUCACAGAUUGCAAACACCACCUAUGUGAGCCUGACCUGAAGCUCGUGUGGCCCAGUGCCAAACUGCUGCAGGCCGCAUGCAGCGCCUCCACCAGGGCGAGCCACAUUGUCACUACAGCCGUCAUGCCUUCUCUCCUUGAGCAGUACAGCAACAGGACACAGUGUUCGCAGAGACGGACGUUACUGGAGGUCGUGCUGAAAUUCAUUCAAGCAGUAAAAACCAGUCAGUCGUUAGAGAACGAAGAGAGCGUGUUUAUAGAUUUCCGCGCGUCUCUGUGCAGCACCGUGUUUUCAGCUCUGUCGGAGAACAACUCCAGUCUGCAGGUCACGGCCACCUCCCUGCUCACGUCACUGUCUCAGCAAACGGGUUUGCUGCUGGACUCUGAUAUUGACCUGGCUGUAGAUCAUCUGAUUAGGCUGCUGCUGACGGAGAACAAUGACAAAGUCAGUCUGGCUGUGGUAGAAUGUGCCGGAGCUUUAUCAGAGCUUCAUCCGACAGUCUUUAUCACUAAACUGAUCCCAAGACUAAAGGCGGAGAUGUUUGCUGAGCCGAUGGAUCAAGACGACAACAGAAAAUCGUCUGAGCAGCCUUCCCAUCAUGCAGUGCGUCAGCGGUGUUUGUCUGUCUUGGCAGCCGUGUCCAUCAAACCCAGUGUUGUCAAGGAGACCACGCCUGUCCUCCUGGACGUCCUCAGUUCAGCACACACAGGUAGCGUCAGGUUCUCGGUGGAUGAAGUGGUGAUGACGUGUCGCAGCCUCCAGAGAAUAGCAGAGCAGGUUCAGGACACUGAGGAGACGGGACAAUGUUUCCAUGAAACCAUCGUCCCGCAGCUGCUCUCCCUGGCUCUUCAAGCAGCUCUGCAGGGUGAGGAGUCCUCUGGUCAUCGUAGUCCUCUGGUAGAGGAAGAAGUUCUGUCUGCCGUGGCUUCUGUCAUCAGUACUUCCUGCUCCAGGCUGCAGCCACAGUUAGCGGCGCAGACGGCGAAGAGAACCGUCUCUCUCUUCUUGGAUGACGACGUCUCCUUUUUGCCCGACAACUCCUUCCCCUCACACAUCCAGCUGCUCAAGAAACAGCAGGGGGAGUCAUGGAGGCAGUCUCAGCUGGUUUGUCUGCUCAUGGGCUGUGUGUGUUCACUACCUCGCAGUGUGGAGGUUCCUCAGGUGGAUGAGCUGCUGUCACAGCUGGAAGAGAUGAGCUGCAGCUGCAGUCACAUGCUGUCGUAUACCUCGGCGGCAAAGUGCUUUGCUGGGCUGGUCAACAAAAGAUCACAGGGUGAUUCUCUUGACAGUUUAAUUCAGAGGAUGAUGAAGAGAGUGUGUGGAGAGCUGGACUCUACAUCUUCACCUGUGCGCACUCAGGCCUUUACCCUCAUGAUCUGGGUGGCCAAAGCUUUGCUCCUUCGAUACCAUCCUCUCUCAACAUCACUGACUGACAAGCUCUUCACUCUGCUGGAUAACUCUGAUCUCGGUUCCAUGGCAGCAGACGGCUUCUCGCUCCUGAUGAGUGACUCGGCAGAUAUCCUGAACCGGGGUUGCCACGCCGACGUCCGCAUCAUGUACCGCCAGCGCUUCUUCAGCGAGAAUUCGCCCAAGUUGGUUCAAGGCUUCAACGCAGCGCAGCCAGAAAAGAAGUCUAACUACCUGAAGGCUCUGUCCAAUAUUGUCAACAAACUGCCAAAGCAGGUUCAAAUCACGGAGCUGCCAGCACUGCUGUCUCUGCUCCUGGAGGCCCUGUCCUGUCCCGAUCAGGGCGUCCAGCUGUCCACGCUGUCCUGUCUGGAGCCCGUCCUCAUCGACCCUCCGCCUGCUCUCAUCCAGCAGCUCGAGGCUUUGGUCAACAGGCUGCAGACCCUCAUCUGUAGUCCUGCCAUGAGUGUACGGAUCGCUUCACUGCGUUGCCUUCAUGCUCUCUCACACUUCCCCACACACGAGAUUCUGCCGUUUCGGGCCCGGGUGCUGCAAGCUCUGGGUCGACCUCUGGAUGACAAGAAGCGGCUGGUGAGGAGCGAGGCGGUGCAGGCGCGAGGACAGUGGUUCCUUGUGGGAAGUCCUGGAGGAAGGUGAUUUUUUUUUACAACCUUUCCUCUCCUCUCUCCUCUCUCCUCGACCUCCAGGACCAACAUGUCUCCCUCCUCAGUGUAACUCCAAUCCGCCGAUUUAGUUUUUAACCUUUUUACUGAUGUUACUUCCUGUAGUGACUUCCCUCUUUCAUGAACGCACAAAGAAAAUGGAGCAAAAAGUCUUUAAGGUACAACGAUGAAAAGACUAGUUGAUGAAUAUUAAUGUGAAACGUUUACUUUCUCUCUUCAUGAGUUUGUGCCAAAACAUUUUAGUUUUGUUAUAAUUUAAAAGAACCAGUGUGUAUAAUAUUUAGGAGGGUGUAUUGAUCGAAAUAGAACAUACUACCCAUACGUAUGAAUGUGUUAUCACUUUAAAAUAAAGAUAAUUUAGUUUUUGUAGCCUAAUAUCCCCUUUUUAUGGACUUUAAGCAAGGGCCGCCAUCUUGUGCCACCAUGUUUCUAUGGCAACCCAAAUAGACAAACCAGCUAGGGCUAAGAUAAAAUCAUGUUAGGGGUUAGUGUCAGGGUGAGGGAUUUUUCACCGGGUAGUGACAAACUUACCUUGCAAAACAAGGAAGAAUGACAUCCUUUUUUGGUGUGUGUAGGCCACCGUAGUUCCCCGAAAUGUUUGGGAAUGCCAUGAGUUUAGCGGAGGAUUCCUGUAUUUGUUACAAUCUGUAGUUGCACCACUAGAUGUCACUAAUUAUUACACACUGGUGCUUUGUGUCAUCAUCACAAUGAAGUAAAAGUAUUUUUAACAUCAUUUUUGUUAAAAAGAAAUGUGACAAAGUUCAUCUCUGAAUUCAUUUAAAACCACUUUAUAUGUGUUUAACAUACAUGUACAUGUGAAGUGUAUGAAGAGAGAAAGGAAAUGGGACAUACGUCAUCUAUUUUUGUGUUUUAAUUCAACGUUUGUGCGUUCAAACUGAAUCCUGAAACGUCAUUUCACCAUCUCAGCUGGUGAGUUUGAUUAAUGUCACUGCGUGUGCAUCAGCCGGGUGGAGAUAAGUCUUAAUUGUGUCCAUGUUGAGAUUAAAAGUUAUGUCCAACACAUGCUCGCUCAAUAUCCAACCAGGCAUUGACGCUGUUGAUCUCAGUUUCUGUCAAGUCAUGUCUGUGAGGUCAAUUUAUGCCAAGGAAAUGAGACAAUAAUAUUAUAUGAAUGUCUAACUUAAGAUGUCAUUAAAGUGUUUUCUUUAUAAUCACACAAA